AUGUCUUCGUUUUCCAAAAAAAAGGAUGACGCUAACGUCGUUUCUUUCAGAACUGCUGACGGCACUUCCGAUGAUGAGGAGGUCGAUGGAGGAAUCCUAUAUUAUCACAAUUAUGAGACUUUUUCAGAAAGGGAACAACUGUUUAACAACAAAAAAGAUCCAGUAGUGCGAAGUCUUUCAAUAAGUGAGCCCUCAUUUGAAAAAUCAAAGGAUUUGUUUUACGGCGGUAAAAACCAUGUUUUUGAAGAUCCUGAGGUGGCAGAGCAUUAUAGACAAGUUUACAGCAAUGCUGGGUAUGAAGGUCGCUUCCAUUUCGAUCCAACUUUUCAAUGGACUCGUGAGCAAGAAAAAAAAUUACUUUGGAAAAUUGAAUAUAAGGCAUGUUUCUGGGCUUGCUUUAUGUUUUUUGCCCUUCAACUUGACCGCGGCAAUAUUAGUCAAGCACUUUCCGACAAUAUGCUAACAGACCUCAACUUGACCACAAAUGACUACAACACCGGACAAACCAUUUUCCUAACUGUCUUCCUUCUUUCCGAACUCCCCUCCCAGUUAAUUGCAAAGAAAAUGGGGCCAGACCGCUGGAUUCCGGCACAAAUGACACUUUGGUCUCUGGUGGCAAUUAGCCAAAGCUUUAUCUCUGGGAAAGCAUCAUUUUUUAUCACACGUGGGCUUCUUGGAUUUUUAGAAGGCGGCUUUAUUGCGGAAAUUGUGUCAUGGCUCUCAUAUUUUUACACCAGUUCGGAGCUCCCUCUUCGCCUAAGCUUCUUUUGGACAUCGGGCACGCUUACGACAAUUGGUUCUUCUCUUAUUGCAUUUGUCAUUUUGCGCUUACGCAAUGUUGGUGGCUGGGAAGGCUGGCGGUGGCUUUUCUUCAUUGAAGGGCUUGUCACACUCGUUAUUGGUAUUGCGUCGUUUUUUAAAAUGCCAGCUUCACCUGUUCAAACAAAAACCUGGUUCCGCCCAAAUGGUUGGUUUACUGAAUUUGAAGAAAAGCUUAUUGUCAAUAGAGUGCUCCGAGAUGAUCCGUCUAAAGGAGAUAUGCAUAACCGCCAAGCUGUUUCGUUUAAGCAGCUUGGGGAAUCUCUCUUGGAUUAUGACCUCUGGCCAUUGUAUCUUAUUGGUUUGAUAUCUUAUAUUCCUACGAACGCUGUGUCGUCAUACUUUACGCUCAAUCUCCGGCAACUCGGGUUCAAUACUUUUUAUACUAAUUUGUUGACUAUUCCUCCAAAUUUUGUACACAUUAUCCUUUUGAUAUCUCAAACGUGGCUUACUGAGCAUUUAAAUGAGCGUUCUCUCAUUUCGUCACUUCAGCCUCUAUGGGUAAUUCCGUGCGGUGCGGUAUUAGCAUUUUGGAGUGGCACAUUGCACAAUGUCUGGGGCACAUAUGCAGUGCUGGUAAUAUUGCUUUCUGGACCAUAUAUUCAUGCCAUUCUUGUUGGCUGGUGCUCGCGCAAUUCCAACGCUGUGCGGACACGUACUGUUUCUGCAGCAGUGUAUAAUAUGUUUGUGCAAGGUGGUAGUGUGAUUGCUUCCAACGUGUACCGAAAAGAUGAUGCCCCAUAUUAUAAGCGUGGAAACCGGGUAAUCUUUGUGCUUUCUGUUAUUUCUCUGUUUUUGAUUCUUGGAACAAAGGCAUAUUACAUGUGGCGAAACAAGAGACGUGAGGCAAUUUUCAAUGCCAUGACAGAGGAAGAACGUAUAGAAUAUCGCAAAACAACAAAAGAUAAAGGAAACAAACGCUUGGAUUUUAGAUUUGCUCAUUAA